AAGUUCAUUCCUAGAUACAACAGCCCUUACCACAUCAUAUCUGCACACCCAAACAUUUUGACUUACAUGCUGGAUGUUCCCAACGACUUGCAUAUCCAUCCAACUUUCCAUGUCUCUCAAUUAAAAAUGUACAUUCCCAACAACAAUGCCUUAUUCCUCUCACACAUUUGGAUCAAGCCCACCCUUGUCAUCAAUGCUUCCAGCAAACAAGAUUGGUUCAUUGAUUGUAUCAUUGAG